AUGAUCCCUUCCAAACUCACUCCCGCCGCAUGGCUGAUGCUUUUGGGAACGGCAUCGGCAGCACCAGCAACAGAAGCCGAGAUCACCGUUCCCGCCGCGGCCGCCGCUCUCACCGAUACGCCCACGGACACAGGCGCCGCACAGCCAGUGCCCACCAACGAGUUGGGUGCCAGCGCCUUCUCCCCCUGUAGCAACACCGAUGGCGAGUUCAAGCCGUUCUGCCUCCCCAAGCAACACGACAUCUUCUACCCCGGGGCAACACCCUACGUAACCUGGGACACCACCUUCUUCCCCGACCCCAACAACACGCUCGUCAAAGUGGUCGGCUUCUACACCAACAUCACCGUCCCCUCGGACGACCCCGCCGACGACACCCACAAGGACUUCGAAGACGCCGAAGCCUUCAGCUCCGAGACCAUCUCCGCCCUCUGGGGCUUCUACCAGUGGCACCCGGAAGGGUCGCUGCUCUCGCGGCCCUCGGUCGACCAGGCCAACAUCACCCUGCGGCUGGUCGCGCUGCCCGCCAACGGCCAGGCCGCCCAGUGGCACUCGGGCCCCACCGUCAAUCUGCGCUGGAAGCCCAAGGCCCCCAAGAAGAAGAAGCCCGGCCACACCCCGACGCGCGCCGACGACGACGUGCUGUACGUCGCCCUGCCGCUGGUCUUUGGGUUCGCGGCGAUCAUGAUUGCGGGGACGUUUUGCUGGAAUAGGCAGCUGCGGAGGAUUGGGGUCGGGAGUGUGAUGGGGGGGCGGCGGGUUGGUGGUGGUGCUUCGCGGAGGGUCGGGGCGAGUAAGAGGGAUCGGGCGAGGAAUAGGGAUAAGGAGCAGGGGAUUCGGCUGAUGGAGAGUGGUGGGAGUGGGGGGAUGGAUUCGGAUGAGGACGGGGGUUGGGGAGAGGCCAGGCAAGGGGCAGGCCGGAAACGGGACUAG